AUUAUAUCAAAUACGACAAUAGACAAAUAGGUCAAACAUAACCAUCAUUGUUUAAAAAAUGCAGAAUUCUUAUAGAAAAUUUAUCUCAAGAAUUUAAGCAGAUUUUCUGAGAGAUGACACCCUAUACUAUAACUAAUUGUGGGAGGUUCCUAUGAACAACAGGAAUGAACUUGCGAAGCAAAUUCAGUUUGUUCACAAUGGCAGAGGCUUUUACUAUGAUGAGAAUUAAAGAAAAAAGAAAAUAGAACGUACUUGACAGACAAACUUCCGAUCAAUUACAAAAAAGGUUUAUAUUACUGUAUGUGAAUAUGAAGCUGGUGAUCAGGACUCUAAUCUUGCUCUGGAUUCUGCCUUUAACUUUGGAAGAAGACAUCCCUGUCACCUGUCUUUACUCUAGAGAUUGUGUAUUACCCUGCAUGUCCAAAUUCCCUAAUAUCAUUCACUGGUAUAAAGGUAAAGACGCAGUGCACACAUUCUAUGACAAUAAAGACCAGCUGAAGUAUCAGUUCGAGGCCUACAAGGGAAGAACAUCGCUGUUCCCAGAAACUGAAAUCAAAAAUGGAAAUGUAUCACUUAUGCUGAAAAAUAUCAAGAUCCAAGAUGAAGGGAGAUACAGGUGCUACACUGCGAGUGACCAAACAAAUGAGGAGACAUAUGUGGCCAUGUCUGUAUUAGCUCCAGUUAAAUCAGUGGAUAUUACAUUAAGAGAUGAUACAGUCAUCUGCAACACCAGCGGAGUUUAUCCAGAACCAGAUGUGUUGUGGUUCACGGAUCCCCUAGCAAAAGAUCAAUUGAACAAUUACAACACAACAGAUGAAAACCUGUUCACGGUGACCAGUGAAAUUAAAAGAGGCUACAUCAACAAUAACUACACAUAUAACUGCUCAAUAACCAAUAAAGACAGGACAAAGACACACUAUUCAGUCAGUUUAAUACACCGAGAAAUCUCAGUGCGAGAUGAGGUGACUCUGCCUUGUCGAUUCACUAAGGACUUCAACUACAUUCUCACUGUGAAUUUUUCAAUCACUGUUCUGAAAUAUGACAGCCAAACCUUUAAAAAACAAAUCUCUGACCAGUUUGAAGGCAAGGUUGACAUUUUGCCAGAUGGGACAGUCAGACUUCAUAAUCUGAACACAGAACAACAUUUAGGAACCUACAUCUGCGAGAGCAGUACUGCUGAAUCUAGAUAUAUUGUACAUACCGUAAUCAAACAAGAUGCGAGAACACAUACAGCCUUAAUUGUCCUCUCUGUCUUAGCAGUUAUUACAACUGUCAUUAUUUGUGUUGUUGUAAUAUUAAGAAAGAGAAAACAGAGAAAAAAGUAAGGUGAGUCGUAAGGUGACACAUUCAUCUACCAAUGGUAAAAAUAAAACCGAGCUGGAACAAUUGGCUGUGAUCACCCAAAUGAAACAACAGUAACCUGCUGUAUGGCAUCUCAUAAAGUCUAAUGAAGAUGGAUGAACAAACCCUUAUACUCUACAUUAAGAGGAUUGCGAUCAAGGAAUGAAAAAUAAUUCCAGCACAUCAUCUUCAGUAUUUAUUUAGAACUUAGCAAAGAUCUUUAUACUGAAGAUAGGAUUAUAAAAUGUGGACUAGUCAGCUUGGAGACAAAUAAGAGAACUUUGAGGAACAAGUCGUUUUUACUCUUUAGACAAGACAUUUUACUCUUUAAGUGCUGACAUGCCCUGUGUACUUGAUUGACAUCCCAAGCUCUGCCUUCAUUCUCAAACUGAAGAUCUUACAGAUGACUUUAUUGGUAAAGUCAAAUGAACUGAACUUUUCACUGCAAACUUACUAACAUUCAAGAUAAAAAAAAAAAAAAUCUCUCUUUAACUUUUAGGGGCCUUUUUUCCCCAACAGUCAAAAUUUUUAAAUAUUUUACCUCUGUAAGAAAUGGAUAGCUUAGAUUCUAAUCUACAUUCCUUUGUCUCAGCAUGUGACGUAUCAAACAAGUCCAAGAGCAUUCCAUAACCAAUGCAGCCAAACAGCAAAACUAUUAGAUUCUUAAAGAGAACAAAAACAAAGAUUGAUAAAAACCACAGGACGCAGAAACUACUGUACACCAACACAGAAACUAGGAAAAAUUGCUUCAAAGUUUUUUGAUUGUCCAGCCAAAUGUAUUGUACAUACACCUAUGGUAAUGCGUUGAAUAGAUAUGUACAUGAAUCGUCUUUCUCAUGACAGAUCAUAGUCUAAGAAACAUAGUCUAAAAAAACUCAAUUUUGUGCUGUUUUUUUUUUCUUUUUCCAAUAUGCUUUAAAUUGCAAAUUUUUCUAGUGCACAUUUGUACACAAACUGAAUGUUUUUGCACAUACUACUGCUGUCUACAAACAAAUUCAGAACUGUCAAGAACAACUUGUCUUCUCAGUAUUCUACACUUUUUUUUUUAUUAUUGUGGGUCCAUGAAGAAUGUACAGUAAAUACAGAAAAAUAUCAUCUUUAAAAGAUUGACAUUAAAUUACAAUAAAAAAGAAAAAGAAAAAAAAUUCUCCAUCCACAUUCCAUAACAGGGCUUGGUAAAGCACUUUCAAGAAAUGAAACUAUAAAAAACUCUGAGUCAGGUACAGUAGGGACAAUGAUUAAAUGUCAUAAAGUACCUUAUACCUUUGCUAUGAAACUAAGAGACACACCUCCAGUUAUAAAACAACAAAAACAUGGUUAACAACAUAAUCUUAAGAUUAUAUUUCCAAAUAAUAUCAGAAUUAGAUAAUGGAAAAUAAUUAUUCUCUGUUAAAAAGGUUUAGUGGUCUUUGUUGUCAGCAACAAGUAUAGUAAAUUGAUGAUUAUUUUCUUAUUUCAGCCACUGGAAUUUGGUUUGCAGUAAAUUAUUCUAAAAUCUUACGGACAGCUGUGUAGGAGGUAUGAAAAUUCAGAACUAGUGCAGCAUGUCUAGCAUGUUUUAAUAUGAAUUAAAAAUUUGUUACAUCAAUAUGAA